AUGGUUAAUUCGAAGUCGGAAGAAACGAGUUCCAAGACAUUUUCCGUCGGCGGGCACACAUACACCGAGCAAGAACGCGACCGUGAUUACUACAAGCGACAUGUCUUUUCCGAGAAUCCUUACCUGGCCAUGCCGAGCGUCGAAGAGACCAAACAUAUAAAAGAUAGAUAUGCGAAGGCGGACAAGACGCAGGCUUGUUAUCAGGUGAAGUGGGAUUUGAUUCACUGUGUGGUCGAGUCCGACUGUGUUAAAAAGGAUGGAAGAAGAGCGAAAGAAUGUCUAAUGAACAAACGCUUAGUAAGUAAAGACCUUCUCUUUGAACCGCGGCUGGCCUGA